UAAAAGUAUCCGACCAUAAAACCCAAGUCAUUAAUGUUCACUCACACUAAACAUCCAUGUUUUGAUCACAACUAAUCAUCAAGUUUAACUCAUAUUUUAGGAAGAAGACUACUAGUACCUAAAUUAAGGCCCAACUUGAGGCCCAUUACGGUUACAUACACCCCGUUUCUUUUACCGGCGUCGGAAGAAAAAAGACCAACCAAUCCGCAUCAUCUGAAUAAUCUUCAUCUUCAUCUUCCUCACCGAAACCCUAAUCCUUGUGAAAUCGAUUGAUCUGUAGAAUCAGGCAAGAUGGUUUUAGCACAAUUAGGAGAGAGCAUUUCACGUGCUCUCCAGCAGAUGAGCAAUGCAACGAUCAUUGACGAAAAAGUCCUCAAUGAUUGCCUCAACGAAAUCACUCGAGCUCUCCUUCAAUCCGAUGUUCAGUUCAAGCUCGUUCGUGACAUGCAAACUAACAUCAAGAAGAUCGUUAACCUCGACGAUCUCGCCGCUGGUCACAAUAAACGCAAAAUCAUCCAACAAGCUGUGUUUAACGAACUAUGCAAAAUGUUGGAUCCUGGAAAACCUGCUUUCGUUCCCAAAAAAGGAAAAGCAAGUGUCGUCAUGUUUGUUGGAUUACAAGGUUCUGGGAAAACUACAACGUGUACGAAAUACGCUUAUUAUUAUCAGAAGAAAGGAUGGAAGCCAGCUUUAGUGUGUGCCGAUACAUUUAGAGCUGGUGCAUUUGAUCAAUUGAAGCAAAAUGCAACUAAAGCUAAGAUUCCUUUUUAUGGAAGCUAUAUGGAAUCAGAUCCUGCCAAAAUUGCUGUGGAAGGUGUGGAGAGAUUCAAAGAAGAAAACUGUGAUCUUAUAAUUGUAGAUACUAGUGGGCGGCACAAACAAGAAGCUGCUCUUUUUGAAGAAAUGCGCCAAGUUUCGGAAGCAACGAAACCAGAUCUUGUUAUAUUUGUUAUGGAUAGCAGUAUUGGUCAGGCUGCUUUUGAUCAGGCCCAAGCAUUUAAACAGAGUGUUGCUGUUGGAGCUGUAAUUAUUACCAAAAUGGAUGGUCAUGCCAAGGGUGGUGGUUCUCUUAGCGCUGUUGCAGCAACAAAGAGUCCUGUCAUAUUCAUAGGAACUGGUGAACAUAUGGAUGAGUUCGAAAUUUUUGAAGUUAAGCCGUUUGUUAGUCGUCUAUUAGGCAUGGGUGACUGGUCUGGGUUUAUGGACAAAAUUCAUGAAGUUGUUCCUAUGGAUCAACAGCCUGAAUUGCUUCAAAAGCUGUCAGAAGGAAACUUCACCUUGAGGAUUAUGUACGAGCAAUUUCAGAACAUACUUAAAAUGGGUCCUAUCAGCCAGGUGUUUUCUAUGCUUCCAGGAUUUAGUGCAGAAUUAAUGCCAAAAGGCCGUGAGAAAGAAAGCCAGGCAAAAGUUAAGCGUUACAUGACAAUGAUGGAUUCAAUGACAAACGAAGAGUUGGAUAGUUCAAACCCAAAGCUCAUGAAUGAGUCACGCAUGAUGCGAAUAGCUCGAGGUUCUGGUCGUCAAGUUAGAGAAGUGUUGGACAUGAUGGAAGAGUACAAACGUCUUGCAAAGAUAUGGAGUAAAAUGAAAGGGCUUAAAAUACCGAAGAAAGGUGACAUGAGUGCCCUAUCUCGAAAUAUGAAUGCACAGCACAUGGGCAAAGUCCUCCCUCCACAGAUGCUUAAGCAAAUUGGUGGCAUGGGCGGGUUACAAAACCUAAUGAAGCAGAUGGGAUCUGCUAAAGAUAUGAUGGGAAUGUUUGGUGGUGGUGGUGAAUAGUUGAUUGGGUAGGACUACUAACAGCCGAGAGUUAUUCCUUGCAACUGCCACGGACAAUUCUGAACCACGCCCCGCUGAGCAGGUGAUGCAGUUCAACGGUGUUGGUUUUGUCAUCUGCAAAAUCCUCAAUUGGAUGCUAGUCUGUUCUUGUAAAAUUAAUAUUUUUUUUCCUGUGUAUAUUUACUUAUUUAGUCUAAGACGGCAAAAUCACAGUAAUCUUAUUAUAAAUGAGAUUUUCUCGUAAUUGAGUAACAGAAACAUAUGCUAGAUUACUUUUCCA